UACGCAGAUGACAAAACCUACCCCACAACGGAAGAACACUUACAUACCCACAAUACUAUAUUCAAAGCAAAGAAAGAGAGAUUUAAACAAAUGCCAUGAACAACCCACACCCCCUCCUUCUUCAUUGACCUGAAAGAAAAAAAAAAUUACUAUGGCCGUCUUAGGUCUCUUCUUCUUUCUUUUCUUUAUCAAAAUAUCACAUACCGUUCAACUCUGCGAGGAUUCCUGCAGUCCUAGAGGCCCAGAGGUUCGAUUCCCUUUCGGGCUUGACGGCCGUGGAUGCAACUACCCAGGUUUCAAUCUUUCCUGUAAUGAAACAGGCCAAACAAUCCUCAAUCUCCCUCGCUCCGGAAACUUCAUCGUCAAAUCCAUCGAUUACCGAAAUCAAGAGGUUCGGAUUACAGACCCUGGACACUGCUUCGCACAGCGCCUCCUCAACAAUUUUAGCCUGUCGGGAUCAUCUUUCGAUACUGUCUCUUAUAAAGCCUUCUCGUUCCUUAAUUGCUCAUCGAAUUUCUCCGACUUCUUUGUGUCCUUCCCUUCUUCGUCAAGGAGGAUUCACUGUCUUAGCGACAAAAACUUCACUAUUGUGGCUAUACCUACCUUUUAUGAAGGAUACGUACCGCAGAUACCGUCGUGUACGGUGAAGGCGCAAAGGGUUAACGUUCCGGUCUAUUGGCCUCUCUCUUCCGAAGGGGAUGCCUCGUUGAUAUGGGAUUUUCCGGAUUGUGUAGAAUGCGAACUGAGCGGUGGGAAUUGUGGGUUCAAAGAUGCUUCGACUCUUGAAAUUGGAUGCUUUAAUCUACCAAGCAAUGCCCAUGGUCUCCCACGGAGUGCAAAAUAUGGUAUAAUAAUAGGCGUUGGAAUACCAGCACUUCUGUGCAUAAUUGGGUUGGGUUGUUACUUGUGUGGCAGAAUCAGGAAUUAUAGCCGAAGACACCAGUCCAGCGCAGAUGUCACCACCACCUUUGCGCACACACCAAGCAUUUCGAUAAGUGGACUGGACGGACCAACCAUAGAAUCAUACCCAAAAACAUUACUCGGCGACAGUCGACGAUUGCCUAAGCCUAAUGACAACACUUGCCCUAUAUGUUUAUGUGAGUAUGAGCCUAAGGAGACAUUAAGGACCAUACCUGAAUGUAACCAUUAUUUCCACGCUGAUUGCAUCGAUGAAUGGCUUAAAAUGAAUGCCACAUGUCCUCUCUGUCGAAAUUCACCGGACAUGUCCUCUGUAGCUACUACGCCGUCUUCCUUAUUGUCUGCUUCGCCUUCUUCAUUAUUGUCUGCUUCUUCAUCUACACUAUCUACAGGACGAUAGAUGUGUACUCCAUCGUGGUUUGUUUUGCUUAGCUUUGCUAUAUAAUUUGUUCACAUGAAUAUGAAUUUACGAAUUUUUUUAUUUUAA